AUGAUCAAAACAAUAUUAGCAAAAAACAAAAUAGGUUUUUCAGUGGUUUCAAAUUCCAUUUCUAAAAACAAUUCAUUGAUAUCACCAAAAAACACCAGAAAUGAAAAAUCAAACGAUAGAUUUUAUAUUUCCACCACAAAUAGUUGCUCCUCAAGUACUAAGCUUUUAAAAAAUUCAAACAUUUAUAAGGCUAAUAUCCAACAAAAAAGAAAUUUUUAUACCGCCCCCCAGUUUCAAAAUAAAAAGUAUGAUAUUAUUCAAUCAAUUCCAAAUCCACAAAAUUUAAAAGAUAUAUAUAGAAUAUUAAAUGAUAUCUCAAUGUCCUCAUAUUUCAAAACAGCUAAUAUUCGAAUUUCAUUCUUUAAUCAAGAAAGAGAUAAAUGUGAUAUUAAAGGUGUAAAAUUAUAUGGUAGCUCAGAGAGUGUUGGAUGGAUAGUAAUAGUGGGUAGCUAUGAUUCAUCUCAAUGGAACAAUGUUGCUCUUUCUCUUUAUCUUUCAUCUCUUUUUGCCGAGAAGCCAUUAAAAAACUUUGAUGUAAUUAUUUUUCCUGUAGAAAACCCAACACCUAUUUCAGCUGAUAGUACUGCCAAUAGAAAUGCUUUGUUGAUGUCAAAUACUUUAAAUCAAAUCCAACAAAGUGGCACUGGAUCAUCUUAUUCACCAACAUUUUUUGGGGACAUAGCUCCUCAGCAAUUUAUUAAUAUGGAUUAUAGCUCAUCAAAUGAUUAUUAUCCAAAAACUAAAGGUAAUCAUGCAUUAAAUGAAUGGUUAAAAAAAUCAAGAAAAGAUUUUAAUUUUUUAAAUAUAAAUAGAAAUAACUCAAUAGAGGUAAACCAUAACAAGUCAAUGGGAUUCUUUGAUUCAGGAAUAAACCAAUUUGAUUUCAACAAUAGAAGCUUAGUACUCGAUGAAUCAAAUGAGGAUUGUAGCAAUCAAUCAGACUUACCAAACUUUAUGUUAGAAAUCAAAAAUUUCAAUAUUUCCCCAAAUUUAAGUGCUGAAGAGUUGUAUGCUUUGGGUUCAAAUUUGGCAUCACAAAUAAUGGAUAUAGAUAAUAUGUACAUACCAAAAAAGAUCUCUCCAAUGGGAUUUUAAAAAUUAUAAAAAAUAAAUAAAAUAAAGUUGUCUUUU